AUGUCCACCAUCAAUCAGAGCAUCGAUGGACUCACCUCGAAGCACGACCUGCUGCUACCUCUGCAAGGCUACAUUCGACCACGUCGCGUUCACCUCGCCUCAUUCACUGCAGAGACCCGAAAAGGCUCUGUUCUUGCCUACCUUGGCAUCCCUUUUGCCCAGCCACCGACCGGUACACGUCGUUGGCAAGUGCCCCAAGGGCCAUUGCCGAGCUGGUCCAAGACGAGAAACUCGAAAUGGCAGUCAGAUCCGUAUCAAGACUUUGCUGCCAUGGAAGGCAUGCAUCGUGGACGCAAGAACGCCAAGACAGCAAUACCACGAAGCGAGGACUGCCUUUAUUUGAACGUGUGGGUGCCAGAAUCCAAAGACAAUGACCAUGCAAAGAGACCGGUUCUGGUCUGGAUUUACGGUGGUGCAUUCUCUGUCGGCAAUUGCUCUAGACCGCUUCACGACGGUGCGAGGCUGGCUCACGAGAGCGGCUGCAUUGUCGUAUCUUUGACAUAUCGAGUCGGCGCUCUGGGCUUCCUUGGGUCCCAUUCCAUGACAGAAGAGGCGGCAGGCGAGUGGCCGCUCGUGAUGCUCGAGUCACUGCAGAACCGACCUGCUCGUGGUCAGGGUGCUCACGUAGGUGCUGGUAACUGGGGCUUGUGGGACCUCGUCAGCGGCUUGCUUUGGGUUCAAAACUCCAUAUCUGUACUCGGCGGUGACCGAAACAAUGUUACUGUAUUCGGCGAAAGCGCAGGCAGCAUCGCUAUCCACUAUCUCCUUCUAUCACCUCGUACUCCCGAAGGCCUCUUCCACAAGGCCAUUCUUCAGAGCGGCGUUGUGGCUACACUGUUGCCGCGUACAACUCAGGCAGUACAAGCCACAUUCGACUCGCUCGUGCGGUCGCUUUGUCCUUACCAUCUCGAGGGCGAUGACAAGGCUCAGCUCGAGUACCUGCGAACUCGAGUAAGCGCGGAUGAUAUCUCUGCAUGCCUGCGACCUCUAGUGGGCAAACGCCCAAGGUCCGAGUAUACACCGACGCUAUCAGAUAUGAAACGCCUGCCAAGGGCGCGCGAGAAUCUGAACGGUGGUGACGCGUUUAGUGUGACGGAUCAGUGGGGUCCCGUGUGGGACGGCGCCUUUGUCGAUCCAGACUUUGUCGAGCGAGCGCUCGGUCCACUGCCACCAAAGAGUCAAAUGCGUAAUGGUCGAAGUGGUGUGAUUGUGGGCAUGUGUGCAGAUGAAGGCACCAUGUUUAACUUUUUGAUCGCGACCAGACAGUCGCUGGCUGCUCAUCAAGAUCUUUUCCAUCCACAACUAUCGUCCGAUCUUGGACGGCUGUAUGGAUUUGACAUCCGGGAGCUGGUCGCAAGCAAGCUCAGUGGUCGCGAAAAAGUUCUGCGAGACCAGCAGGCUUUCUACACAUGCGCUACUUAUACAGGCGAUGCCCAAUUCACAGCGCCAAUCUUGGACUAUAUGGCGGCUCAAAGCGGCCAUGCAGCUGAUAGAACGGCAGAAGAGGACUGCGUAGAUACGUAUGGUUUCCUUCUGGCAUAUCGGCCAUCGUGGGGCAUGUUGGAAGCGCUGACGGUGGUGCCCGAGAUGACCGAAGAGUGGGCAGCUUUUCACACGCUCGAUGUUCCCUUCGUAUUUGGGCUGACCGGUCAUCCUGGUUUAGACGGCCACGUCUACGUGUCUGACGUGUCCGACUAUGGCGUAGAUCCGGAACAAGAUAAUGGCAAGGACGCAGCAGCUAUGCCGUUGGUACAUAGUCGAUCGACGUCGAGGGGAAUGACCGAGGAGGAAAAGCAACUCAGCCUGUACAUGAUGCGAACGUGGACUGCGGUGGCCAAGUUAAUAGAAUGCGAUGGCGGUGGAGAGCUCAAGCUUCCUGAUGGAUCGACUUGGCUUGGCUUGGGCUCUAGCACGGAAGAAGCCAGCAAAGUCGGCAUAGAUCGAAUUCGCCUGCUGGCAAUCGGCGAGGCACCCCAGGCACCAGCAAAGGCAGCAACGGCCAAUGUGGGAGGUUCGAUUCGCAUAUGGCAGACGCAACUCUCGCAACAUGCCUUUGCACAGCAGCAUGGCAUCGCCACUUUGCCAAGCUUGCAGGAUCGAGUGCGCUUCUGGAUGCACGAGCCUAUCACUGGCACCGGCUCAGCCUCACAAUCACACGCCGACGCUGCGCAGUCGGACAAACUUCGAUUGUGCCGAUCCAUGCAAAACUACUAUGGCUUCCUCUCAACGCCUCCUGUCUUUCUGCCAUGGAAGCCAUCGCAAUCGUGA